AUGAUGUUCACCAAUGAGGGAGAGAGCAAAAGGCCAGGCAUGACUAGUCAAGAAGACCAUGAAGAGCCCGGUUGUGGAGACGGAGAGAUGACGAACGGGACUGAGGGUGCUUAUCUUCUUCUAUUUUUAAAGCAUACAAUCUUGAAUCCCGUAACAGCCAGAGAUUUGGAGCGCAUGAAGAGCAAAAUUCUUUCUGGAAUUGAGUUAAACUCACCCAGCAGAAGUAAGCGAAAAGCACUACGAAUACAAGAACCUGAAGCCCCGCGAGCCCGAGAAUCCACUAAUGGUGCUGCACGAGGACGAAGCUUACCUAGAGAACUGCAAUUUCAACAACAAGAAAGAGGAGGUUUGUUCUAUGGAAACUAUAACCCUCCUGAUUUGCCACCAAUCCCAAGCCUACAAAACUUAAUCCAUGAUUUCAGUAAGCCUUUUGAGAAACAGCUCACAUGCAGUGAUGUGAAAGAAGACCAAUGCAGGCUCUCCAUGAACAAAGAAGAUGUCGAAAAUAACAUCAUGCCAUUGUUGAGAAACGGUGACAACCUUAAUGAAGGCGUCGAUGUGACAACUUAUGACAUGGCUGGCAACGAGUACCCAAUGGUGCUCAAGAUUUGGGCCACCAAGGUUCAUGUCCUCACUGGAGGCUGGAAAACUUUCUGUAAUGAUCUUGGACUGGUUGAGAACCAGGAUUUUGCGACCUUGUGGGUUUUUCGCCAUGUCGACAAUGGAGGCCUCUGCUUCGCAAUCUAUUCAAGAAGGUUGCCGGUGUUCGAACCCAUCAAGAAAAAAAGACCGAUAAGGAAGAAUUACCAUUAA